AUGCGGAAGGGGUACCUGCUGACCGCGCCAAAGAUAUUCCACUCGAACUCCACCGAGCAGAUAUGCCUCUCCCUGCUGAACUUGGAAGGAGGAGGCAUGGCCAAACUGACCCUGACGGGAAGGUGGGAUGAAGCCACCCUGGCCACCCUCGACCAUCCCUUCGCUGACGGGAGCGAGGAAUGCUUUCCGUUCCCCGUGCCUCCCGUGCCGGAGCAAUUAGGGAGGCUGCACCUCCAGCUCACGCUGGAUGCCGUGCCGGACUACGAGAAGAACGACAGUGAGCGGGUGACCAUCAGCAAAUACCCAAACCUCCUCUUUGUUCAAACAGACAAGUCCAUUUAUCUUCCCGGGCAGGUCGUCCGGUUCAGGAUCCUCGUGCUCGACGCUGCCCUGAAGCCCCUCGAGAAACAGGUUUGA